CUUACAGCCGCUGGUCUCGUGGCUGGCUGCUGACGGACAGGAAGUCGUCUCACGUCUGUCUGCAGAAAGCUAUUUCCAACAUGUUUGUCCGCCCCUGGAAACCUGCAGCAGCAUAAAGAAGCCUUUCACUAAGCCGCAGCAGUCAGUGUAUCCUGUUCUAUGUGAGUUUUUGACCACAGGCAGGAUCCGCAUAUGGGUCCGAGAGCUGCAGUCACGAGUUGUUCAGAACACGCUGUCACUUCCUACAAAGACUAACCAACACUCAGCUCCUGGAUCCUGCUUACAGGAGGAAGCUGGAUGUCUGAGUGUUAUACUUUCCCACUCCACGGUUUGCGUUGUUACCGAGACACAAAAUGCUUUCUUUGGAGCAGGUGAAGCAGAGUUUAGAGAGUGCAGGACAGUCUCACGUCCUGCAGUUCUGGCCGGAGCUGUGUGAGGUGGAGAGAGACACUUUGCUUCAGGAGCUGUCUCAGCUGGACCUUAAGGGACUGAAGGAGCACUGUGAAGGGGCUGCGGGGGCUGCUGCUUCCCCGUCUGACAGCCUGGAUCAACACAUAGAGCCGGUCCCUCCAGAGUCCAUCGGCAGCGUGAGGAAGAGUGACAAACACUCUCUGGAACAGUGGGAAAAUGAAGGGCUGUUGCAGAUCUCAGGGAAUCGAGUUGGAGUCCUCCUGUUGGCUGGAGGUCAGGGGACCCGUCUUGGUGUUCAGUAUCCCAAAGGGAUGUAUAACGUUGGGCUCCCAAGCCAAAAAACCUUGUAUCAAAUUCAGGCAGAGCGUAUUCACAAAAUCCAGGAGCUGGCCGACAGAAAGUAUGGCUCAAAAUGCACCAUUCCAUGGUACAUAAUGACCAGUGAGUUCACUCUGGCUCCCACUGAGAAGUUCUUAAAGGACAACAACUAUUUUGGUCUGGAGCCAUCAAACAUUGUUAUGUUUGAACAACGAAUGAUACCAGCAGUGACCUUUGAUGGAAAGGUCAUCCUGCAGGGUAAAGGGAAGAUAGCCAUGGCCCCAGAUGGGAAUGGUGGUCUGUACCAGGCACUGGUGGACAACAAGGUGCUGGAGGACAUGAAGAAGAAGGGAGUGGAGUACCUGCAUGUGUACUGUGUAGACAACAUCCUGGUCAAAAUGGCCGACCCUGUGUUUAUUGGGUUCUGCGUGAGCAAAGGGGCUGACUGCGGAGCCAAGGUGGUGGAGAAGGCAUACCCUACUGAGCCAGUGGGCGUGGUUUGCAGGGUCCGAGGCGUCUCUCAGGUUGUGGAGUACAGUGAGAUUCAGCCAGAGACAGCUGAGCUCCGAGGACCUGGAGGGGAGUUGGUGUACAGUGCUGGAAACAUCUGCAAUCACUUCUUUACCAGGGCUUUCCUGCAGGAAGUGACAGAGACAUUUAAAGAUCAACUGAAACAACAUGUUGCACUGAAGAAAGUGCCUUUUGUGGACUCGUGUGGGAAUCAAGUUACACCCACCAAACCCAAUGGCAUAAAGAUGGAGAAAUUUGUUUUUGAUGUCUUUUCAUUCUCAAGGAGCUUUGUUGUGUUUGAGGUUGUGAGGGAGGAUGAGUUUUCCCCUCUGAAAAAUGCAGACGGAGCAGCAACAGACAGCCCGACUACAGCGAGAAACUCUUUGCUGGCUCAACACUGCCGCUGGGCCAUGGCUGCAGGAGCUACACUUUUGGAUGAACAUGGGAAUACCCUUCCUCCUAUGGCCAGUGUAUCAGCAGGGAACAAUCCUCCAGCACAAUGUGAGAUUUCACCACUGCUCUCCUACUUUGGAGAGGGCCUGGAGCAGCUGCUGAAGGGAAGAACACUGCCAACUCCCUUCAUUCUGGAUGAAAAAAGGGCCAAAGAGCUUCAGGCUCAGUAACAUUACUCUGAUUAAGAGAGUAUUGUGUGACGGCAGCAGAUAGUCCAGUGCCGUACAGUACAGGAGUAUGGAAUGGAGAUGGAUGUGUUUGGAUAGUUUCAGCCCAAAAAUAUACAACUGUUUAAAUUAAUUUUUGAACUGUAUAAUCAUGUCACACUGUAAUUGAUGAAAUUAUCUCAUUUUAAGGAAAAGCUUCCACCUUUAAAAUAAAUAAUUAUGGGACUAGCAAUG